AUGGCGACCUUCCUUGAUAACUCGUACAGUCUAGUGCACCUUGACAACACCGCCGACCAGCCAAGUCAGCAGGACCUCAAGACACAAUUAGAAAAGGGCACAGAUGAGACGAAGAUGGAAACCAUGCGGCGGAUUCUCACGAUCAUGCUCAAUGGCGAUCCCAUGCCCAAUCUGUUGAUGCACAUUAUCCGUUUUGUCAUGCCCUCGAAAAGCAAGUCUCUGAAGAAACUUCUCUACUUCUACUACGAAAUCUGUCCGAAGUUGGACGCGAAUGGAAAGUUAAAGCAAGAGAUGAUUCUUGUUUGUAAUGGAAUUCGGAACGAUCUCCAGCAUCCCAACGAGUUCGUCCGGGGCAAUACACUGCGCUUUCUUUCCAAACUUCGAGAACCCGAAUUGAUCGAACCCCUCCUCUCUGCCGCACAAACCUGCCUCGAUCACAGACAUGCCUACGUGAGGAAGAACGCGGUAUGGGCCUUGGCCUCUGUAUACCAGAAUGCCCAGCACCUGAUUCCAGAUGCUCCUGAGAUGCUCCACACGUUCCUCGCUGGCGAGACCGAUACCACCUGUAAAAGGAAUGCCUUUGCGGCUUUGAUGACUAUAAGCCAUGACAAAGCGUUGGAAUAUCUCACCGGAGUCCUAGACGGAGUGCCGAAUGCCGAUGAGCUGCUCCAGCUGGUUGAGCUCGAGUUUAUCCGCAAAGAUGCUGUCCAAAAUCAAGCAAACAAGGCGCGGUAUUUGCGGUUGAUCUUUGAUCUGUUGGAAGCGAACACAAGCACGGUUGUCUAUGAAGCUGCAACCUCCCUAACAGCACUGACUAACAAUCCCGUGGCUGUGAAGGCUGCCGCUGGGAAACUGAUCGAGCUCAGCAUCAAAGAGGCGGACAACAACGUCAAGCUUAUCGUGCUUGACCGGGUUGACCAGUUGCGGAGACGGAAUGAGGGCGUGCUGGAUGAUCUCACCAUGGAAAUUUUGCGUGUCCUGUCCAGCCCCGACCUAGACGUCCGACGGAAGGCUUUGGCGAUUGCAUUGGAGAUGGUUUCCAGCAAAAACGUUCAAGAGAUCGUCAUGCUACUGAAGAAGGAACUCAGCAAGACUGUGGUUGAACAAUACGAAAAGAACUCGGAAUACCGACAACUCCUGAUUCAGUCCAUCCACCACUGCGCCAUCAAGUUCUCGGAGAUUGCAGCCAGUGUGGUCGAUGUCUUGAUGGACUUUAUCGCCGACUUCAACAACACCUCCGCAGUGGACGUCAUCUCCUUUGUCAAGGAGGUGGUUGAGAAGUUUCCUAAGCUCAGAUCUUCCAUCGUCGAACGCCUGGUGUCGACCUUGGGAGAGGUCCGGGCAGGAAAGGUAUACCGUGGUUCGCUGUGGGUGAUUGGGGAAUAUUCAUUACAAGAGAACGAUAUCAAGGAGGCCUGGAAACGCAUCCGGGCGAGCCUUGGGGAGAUCCCCAUACUUGCUUCGGAGCAACGGCUGUUAGAUGAGCAGUCGAACGAGGACGGUGAGGCUAAGGAGCAGGUCAACGGUCACUCCGCACCCAAGCCCGCCGCCAGUGGAUCACGGAAAAUCCUCGCCGACGGUACAUACGCGACUGAGAGCGCUCUAACCAGCGAUUCCGCCGCAAAGGCGAGACUGGAAGCAGUCAAAGCAGCACAGAAACCUCCGUUGAGACAGCUUAUCCUCGAUGGAGACUACUACCUGGCGACGGUGCUUUCUUCUACCUUGACCAAACUUGUUAUGCGUCACUCGGAGAUCUCGAAAGAUCAGGCACGCACUAAUGCUUUGCGUGCUGAGGCCAUGCUGAUCAUGAUUUCGAUCGUUCGAGUCGGGCAGUCGCAUUUCGUCAAGGCGCCCAUUGACGAGGAUUCUGUGGACCGAAUCAUGUCUUGUGUACGAGCUUUGGCCGAGUUCACGGAACGCAAGGAACUUGAGGUUUCCUUCCUGGACGAUACUCGGAAGGCCUUCCGUGCCAUGGUACAAGCCGAAGAGAAGAAACGGGCGGCGAAAGAAGCCGUAGAAAAGGCAAAGACAGCUGUCCAAGUAGACGAUGUUCUUUCGAUACGACAGCUAUCGAAGAAGAAUGCAGGCGAUGGGACAGAUGAGAUGGAACUUGAUCUCGAGAAAGCAACCGGCGGGGAUGCUUCGUUUGAAGAUCUAUCCUCCAAGCUGAGCCGUGUGGUGCAACUGACUGGGUUUUCAGACCCGGUAUACGCCGAGGCAUAUGUCAAGGUUCACCAAUUCGACAUCAUCCUCGAUGUACUCCUGGUCAAUCAGACGACCGAGACUCUCCAGAACCUCUCGGUGGAAUUUGCGACGUUAGGUGAUCUGAAGGUGGUGGAACGACCAACUACACACAAUCUAGGACCGCACGACUUCCUCAAUGUGCAGUCGACCAUCAAGGUGUCAAGCACGGAUACCGGAGUGAUAUUUGGCAACGUCGUCUAUGACUCGCCAUCGGGGACAGACACACAUGUUGUCAUCCUGAACGACGUGCAUGCAGAUAUCAUGGACUACAUUCAGCCCGCGACAUGCUCCGAAUCGGCAUUCCGGACCAUGUGGACCGAGUUUGAAUGGGAAAACAAAGUGAAUAUCAACAGCAAAGCGACAACGAAGACGCUACGAGAAUUCUUGGAUCAACUUAUGAAGAGUACGAAUAUGACGUGUCUGACACCGGAAGCCAGCUUGAAAGGUGACUGCCAAUUCCUGAGCGCAAAUCUAUAUGCGAGGAGUGUUUUCGGUGAGGAUGCUUUGGCGAACUUGAGCAUAGAAAAGACGGCGGACAACUCGAUUGUAGGGUUUAUUCGGAUUCGGUCACGAUCACAGGGGCUGGCCUUGAGCCUGGGGUCAUUGAAGGGUUUGAAGGCAGGCACUUACUAG